AUGAAUUCUUUGGUGGACCAGGAUUUGGGUGGUUCUGCAAUUAAUGGAUCUCCCUCUAGGCUAAUUGUCAGAUUUGUUCAGCCAUUGGAAGAUCAGGUUGCAGGACAAAGGGCAGAUUCUACCAAGGGAGUUGCUGAUUUGAGCAUUUCGACAUCUUCUUCGACUUCUGCUGUGGGCUUCGCAUCAUCGGCUCCUGUUUUUGGACUUCCAGAAUUGUAUGAUCAAAGCAACAAUAAUAUACAGUUGGAGAGGUUUGUUGAUUUGGUCAGUUCACGCAUUGAGGAUACUCAGUUUUUUCAGAAUACUAUAAGGCAUCCUACUGAUUCUUUCAAGGAUGAGGAUUCUACAGAUAUCGAGAUCCUUCAGGAUUCGAUCUACGUUACUAUGCUCUCGAAGUCCUUGGCAUCAAACACCGUGGUUCCAUUCGAAUACAUCAACCAUCCUAUUGUUAAUGUAAUUGCAACUACUUCGGACGAAGAUUUGCAGAUAGUGCAAGAAAAGUAUUUCGCAUGCAAGAAAAGCAUAGCGACAUUACCUUCAUGGUUGGAUGAGCCACACACCUCGAUGACCUUAUUUCUAAUACUUGUGGACUCUGAUAAGCCUGAGGAGUUGCAGAAAGGCCUUCACAUGCAAGAGCAGUUGAAAUUGAAUCUCGGCAAGAAAGCGGUCAUAGCACCUGUCUCGUUCAAUAAGGCGAAAAAGGCCGAUCAAGCAAAGUUCACUCUAUACAGGUCGCAGCUUGGGCUUGAACAGCAGCCUGGAGAUGACUCUGUUGAAAUUCCAAAGAAGGUUUACGAUGCCUUCAACAUUCAGCUUCAAGAUAUCAUCUAUAAGAGCAUGAUUCCAUUCAUGCAAAGGGAGAUUAAACUCUGGAAUGAACACACUAAUGAUGGCGACUCGUACAGUCCUGUUAAAGGUUAUUACAGCACGGGUGCCUCUGAAGUGAUAAUAAGGCGCUUGGCCGAUUGGUAUUUUAUGUUACGUGAUUACAAGAAUUCUUACACUACAUAUGAGAUGUUGAAAAAGGAUUUUUUGAGCGAUAGAGCGUACAGCUAUCUUUCUUCACUACAAGAAUUUAUGGUUCUAUCUCUUAUGUUGGGGGCCAGCAGUAAAGUAAAUCCUUUAGAAAACUCUGCCAGUCAGCGAGGUAAAGGUAUCACCAAGAAGAUUGUUACCGAUCUAGCUCUAGCUCUGGUUCCUUCCUUCCCCCCUGAAGCUUACUACGCCGAAUCGCAGAAGUUGUUCAAGAAAUUGAUAGACUCCAAGCUUGUGGAUGAUCUCUGUUCUGGAAUUUUAAUGGAAAGACUCGCCUAUAUCUAUUACUGUUACGACAAACCAGUGUUUGAGAAUUCGGAUCCUCCUAAACGCCAAUCUUACUAUGAGGAAAGCAAUCCAUUCAAGCUUCACAGGUACAAAAUGGCUGAAUUUGGUCUUUCCAAAAGUCGCAAGUCGAUUUUAUGGAUGCUUCUAGCCUGUAGAAAGCUUGAUCCUACUGUCAAGCCUACGCAAGUUGCUUUAAUGGUAUGGCGCAUUGAGAAAGAUCUCGAAAAUUUCGGUUUCAGUUCUGAUCGAAAAGAUCAUUACGAACUUGUAUGGCCAUAUAGAGAAGACAGUCUUUUACAUGAGUUAAAGCAGGCUUUAGAAGCUGUAGCAUAG